CCUUUCAUCUUCUUGCUAUCAUUCUCUCUCUUCUCAUGAUUGAAAAAUCAAUGGCUUCCCAAAUUCUGGCCGAGAAUAAUCCUGCUCCAGACCAUGACAAAAGUAGGAUCCGCGUGAAUGGUAGCGUGCCAGACAAGGAUGGGUCUUGGAGCGGCAACAGCUCGGGCCAGGGGAAACUCAUGGUGCCUCCGCCUUCAACAAGGACCACGAUCGACGUCAAGACCGCCGUUUCUCCCACAAGCGCCACUUCAAAGACCAGCGUCACUAAGAGUAGCAACACUUCAAGCACUACCGUCACUAACGGGGGCACCGUUUCAAGAUCCAGCUCCACUGGAGUCAGCAAAAACAGCAGCACGGGCACCAUCACUAGCGGAGGCACCGUUUCAAGAUCCAGCAGCUCCACUAGAGUCAGCCAAAGCAGCAGCGCCACUAAUGUCAGCCAAAGCAGCAGCUCCCCUCGUACUCAAUAUCCUUGAAAAAUUGCCAAGCGAAACGCGAAAGAUUCUCGAUGAUUGCCGUUUUCUUUUCUUUCUUUCUGGAGUUGCUCUCACGCUUGUUUCGAUUGAAGUGAUGCAUUCCAUCGUAGAGUUGUGUCCAGUCAGUAUCACUGUCCAGUUCACUUGUAAGGUUGCUCUUAAUCUUGAAGUGAAUAUGUCUUUCUGUU